ACCUCUGGUUGUUAACCUCUUGACGGUGAUAUCCGGCUGUGCCAAACAGUAGAGCACUAUCCUAGUCAAUUUUUGUCCAGCGUUAGAUCAAAAUCUUUGUCAAAAUUAACGUGACUGCUAGCAAACAUGGCUGGAUGCCUCGAUAGCUUUCAGUGGCCACAGUGUGAGUGGUUGAACCUGGACGACAGAAGAAAUGCGAUUGCCUCUAUCUUCUCGGGGUUUCUGUUCUUCACGGGUUGGUGGAUUAUCAUCGAUGUAGCUGCAAGAUAUCCCAGCGGAAAUGAUUUCAUGCAUGCGUACCACGUGUGCGGUGUCGUCGGCACGUUAGCCUUUUUUAUGAUUAAUGCCGUAUCUAAUAGUGCAGUGAGAGGGGACUCGUACACGCCAGGAUGUUUGGGACAAAGGGGUGCCCGUGUCUGGUUGCUUAUCGGGUUUUUGCUUGGGUUUGGAGCCAUUAUAGCAUCAGCCUGGAUCCUAUUUGCUUCAUAUGUCAUCUAUCCAACACCAAAUGUUGACCAGUGGCCUGGAGUUGCUGUGUUUCUGCAGAAUGCCCUUAUCUUUAUAAGUGCUCUACUUUUCAAGUUCGGCCGUACAGAGGAACUAUGGGGCUGAGCUCACGUUAUUAAAAGUGUAAACAGAGUGCCUACGCGUCCGGCUGCCGCACGCCCAGCUCCCAGGCUACGCAUCCGGUCAUCCAUUUCACACGAGAUCAUCAGGUGUUAGUAACAAAUUGUUGCAUGGAAACGUGUGCGUUGCAUUGUUUGUGGUCAAUUUCGUACAGACUUAUACUAUUUAUUAAACUGCUUCACGCCAAAAAUCGCACCAGUGCGUAUCAUGUAUGUUAUGGCAAGUGCCCCAAAUCUACGUCACGAUUAGGCCAUGCUGCCGUUCAAAUCGUUGAUUUUACUGGAUUUACUAUUGUUUCAAGAGUUUCAAAAACAUGUUUUUGCUAAAAUACCUAAAUGUAAGUAUUAAUAUGGUAAAAAUUAAUGUUUAGUCUUUUUUACUGAAAAAAUAUAGUUGGGUUCACAUAAGAAAUGGAUGACCGGACGCGUAGCCUGGGAGCUAGGCAUCCGGUAACCAGGCGCAUACCGACGGCCUUAAUUAUAUACAGCUUCUAACAGCUGCUUUGGGUUCUGUGUUAUUAUAAUGGCCUGGUUCAUUAGUUCAUUAGCUAUCAUCACCAUCAGUGAAUUCCCACUUUCUCCCUUCCCCCAGUAAGUGGGGUAGGGGUAAACAGCUGCUGUUAUCUACUGUUGGGUAGUUAUAACACAAAAUAGUCAUUGAGUUGCAAACACUUUAUUGUUCAGUAUGCCACAAAAGCCGAUAUAUAAACCGAUUGUAUAAAUAUGAUUAUCUUAUUAGUUAUUACGGAUAUGUGUAUAUAUUCUUUUACCAAUCAUUUGUCGGAUUUUCCUUUUACGUACAUAUAAAAUUACUAUCCAUUAUUCUGUGAUCACUACACAAAGAGACAUCCAGUGAAGUCCCAUUUAGAAAGGAAGCUUGUUAAAGUUUUCUCUGUGCUCUAUCCAUGUUAAUGCAUGGAUAAAUCUCAUUCUAUGCCCUUUGAAUUCAUAUAAUACAUGUCACACCUUGCAAGCUUAAGUGGUGCGUAUAAUAUGAUUAUAAUUCUUAAGAACGCACGUAUCCAUGUACUACGAAAUAUUCUUUGUGCAAUCAUACAAAAUAGAGUGAAUUUUCAAGAAAAAUUUGUGUUUGUAAACUAAAAUGUUUAACCUUUUUAAAGCAUUUAAUUGCUCACUAAUGGGCAAGUCUGUGAUUUUAUUGAAUACACAGAGCUUACUUGGCUAGCACAAUUUUUGGUGUCUAUUUUAGGCUUUAGUUUAGUCUCAAGAAGAGGUGAACUAAAAUAGCCAGCUAGUUCUAUGCUGCAGAUCCAAGCGGGUUUCUUAAAUUACCGUCACUUACUCAGCAUGCGUUUAUACGUCGGCUAGACGCGUGAAGCCGGUAGAUGCGGAUCGUGCGCUUAUUUGGUUCUUCCCUCGUUAACAUGAUAGAGCUGUUAUCAGUACGUCUCCAUCUAUUUGAACAGUAUUGAUAGAGUCGACUGGGAUGCAAUGGGCAAACUCGGUGUAGCUCUCGCUGUUUACAGUCACCUACAGCCACAAAGAAAAUCAACGUUAGACGAGCUAGCACGGCGAUAAUUUAUUAUCAAUAUUUACAGAUGAACAUUGUAACAGAUAUUGGCAUUUUAUGCACAACUGCCAUAUAUUAGUCAUUUGGUCAAUUUAUAUUAUGGUAUGCUCUGCGUGAGAUUGGAGCGAAAAAAUGUUGAAAUUACCGGGAAAGAGGCAUGUAUAUGUAGCGGUUAGUAUAUAUUGUUAUGUAGAGUUGUUCCAUUUAUAGUUUUAUUUGACGAUAGAUGGCGCUGGCGUGCGUGUUGUGAGGUGAGAAGUGUCGCGGGAGAGGGAGAGGAAGUCGUUUUUGCAAAUCAACGUGUGUUUGUGAAAGAAUAUAUAACUUUUAACUGCA